UUGUGGUGUGGUUUCCGGGCGGCUCUCCUCCUUUGCAGGCGGCGCUGUGUUCCGAGCGGCAGGCAGCCAUGGCCCCGCGAGUGUGGCGUCGGCGGACCCUGGAAAGGUGCCUGAGGGAGGUCGGUAAAGCCACCGACCGCCCGGAAUGCUUCCUCACCAUUCAAGAUGAACUGGCAUCAAAGUUUACUUCUUUAACAAAAGCACUUUAUGACUUUAAUAAAAUACUAGAGAAUGACAGGAAACGUGGAAGUCCUUUACAAAGACUGAUGAUAAAUAAUUUUGAUGAUGAGCAGAUUUGGCAACAACUGGAAUUGCAGAAUGAACCAAUUUUACAGUACUUCCAGAAUGCAGUCAGUGAAACGAUUGAAGAUGAAGACAUCAGUCUUCUCUCAGAGAAUGAGGUGCAGGAGUGUGAAGAGGAUGCCUCAGAGAUGGAGGCCGGUGGCGAGGAGGACCUAGAACAAGAUUUGGAAGAGGAGGAAGAGAAAGUGUCAGACCUGAGUGGUGAUGAUCCUGAAGAGGAUGAGAGAGCUAUAAGCUCAAGCAAAUUGGAUCUGAGGAAAAGCCCAGAUUUCAGUGAUGAGGACUCUGAUCUUGACUUUGAUAUCAGCAAAUUGGAACAGCAGAGCAAGGUGCAAAACCAAGUGCCUAGGAAACCAACAGAAAAGUCCAUAGUAGAUGAUAAAUUCUUCAAGCUCUCUGAAAUGGAGAGCUUUUUAGAAAACAUAGAAAAGGAAGAGGAACAAAAAGAUGAUGAAGAGGAGGAGGAUAUUGAUUUUUUUGAAGAUGUCGAUUCCGAUGAAGACGGAGGACUGUUUGGAAGUCAGGAUCUUAAGUCAGGUAAAAGUUCCAGAAACCUGAAGUACAAAGAUUUCUUUGAUCCAGUUGAAAGUGAUGAAGACAUAGCAAGUGUCCAUGAUGAUGGUGAUGAACUGGCUUCAAGUGAAGAGGAAGAAAUUGCUGAAGAAGGAGAAGAAAGCUUUUCAGAGAUGGAUGAAGAUAAUGACCUUGAAGAAAGUGGAGACAGUAAACAACAUGAAGAAACCUUGAAAAGAGUGACCUUUGCUUUGCCAGAUGAUGAGGAAACUGAAGAUACAAAUGUCUUAAAUGUACAGAAAGACUCUGAUGAAGUCAAAUCCUCUUUUGAAAUAAGACAGGCAAAGAUGAAUGAAAAAAUUGCAUCUUUGGAAAAACAGUUGUUGGAAAAGAAACCUUGGCAACUCCAAGGGGAAGUGACAGCACAGAAGCGGCCCGAGAACAGCCUCCUAGAAGAGACCCUGCACUUCGACCACGCCAUCCGUGUGGCACCUGUGAUCACAGAGGAAACCACUUUUCAACUAGAAGAUAUCAUUAAGCAGAGGAUAAAAGAUCAGGCUUGGGAUGAUGUCGUACGUAAAGAAAAACCUAAAGAGGAUGCAUAUGAGUAUAAAAAGCGUUUAACACUGGACCAUGAGAAGAGUAAGUUGAGCCUUGCUGAAAUUUAUGAACAGGAGUACAUCAAACUCAACCAGCAAAAAACAGCAGAGGAAGAAAAUCCAGAGCACGUAGAAAUUCAGAAGAUGAUGGAUUCCCUCUUCUUAAAAUUGGAUGCCCUCUCAAACUUCCACUUCAUCCCUAAGCCGCCUGUUCCAGAGAUUAAAGUUGUGUCGAAUCUGCCAGCCGUCACCAUGGAGGAGGUCGCCCCAGUGAGCGUCAGCGAUGCCGCCCUCCUGGCCCCAGAGGAAGUCAAGGAGAAAAAUAAAGCUGGAGAUACAAAAACAGCUGCUGAGAAAACAGCUACAGACAAGAAACGAGAAAGGAGGAAAAAGAAAUAUCAAAAGCAUUUGAAAAUAAAGGAGAAAGAAAAGCGGAGAAGACUUCUUGAAAAGAGCAACCCAGACCGAGCAGGGAAAUACACCAAAGCAGUAGCUUCCGAGAAGUUAAAACAGCUGACCAAGACAGGCAAAGCUUCACUGUUAAAGGAUGAAGGUAAAGACAAAGCCUUAAAAUCAUCACAAGCAUUCUUUUCUAAAUUACAAGAUCAAGUAAAAAUGCAAAUAAAUGAUGCAAAGAGAACAGAGAAGAAAAAGGAGAAAAAACAGGAUAUUUCUGUUCAUAAAUUAAAGCUGUAAUAGAUUUUGCAUAUAAUGUAAGUAGUAACAUGUAAGCUUAUAUUCUGUCAUUGUUCUGUUUUGUAAUAAAAUUUUGGAGAACUUUUCUU